ACAAUAUCUUAGUCUCCUUCUUGGCUAAAAUAUUCUUUUAAAUUAAAUAAAACCCACGGAAUAAUAAAUAAAUAUCCAAACAUGAUUAAACUCGAGUGUUUCGACCCUUGAUCCAUUUAUCCCUUCAUUAAACAUGUUACUGGAGGUACCAUAAAAAUCACGAAUCUGCAAUGUAUAUGAACAAGACUUUAUCGUGACAUAUAGAAACAAAGCUUUUUCUGUGGUUAAAAUAUAAAACAUUGAAAUGUUUUCCAAGUCCUUAACUAGUAAGGAUACGUUCCUCGAGCAAACGAAGGCUGCCAGGGAAGAACGUGCGCUAGAGAAGAAACGGGAGACAUCAGCUAUUAAAAUCCAAGCAAUAGUAAGAGGAUGGCUUGCUAGACAGAAAUUUGUAAAAUUAAUACUGAAAGAAUUUGAUGAACUGCUCCCCGAAACAAACCCGCAUGGAUCACAAGAGGAACCAUCACCUGCAUUUGAGCUGAUCCCAGCGUUAGAUGUGUAUAAAGCAUCAUGUCGCUUAUUCUUAAUAUUUAAACAAACACGAGACAGAAAGAGAUUGGAGAAACUCUGUAAAUAUAUUGUACAAAGUCUGCACUCUGAUUCUGUUAAAUUUUCAUAUGUUGGAGUGUUUCUAAAUAAAGAAUACAGCUUGCAAUGGAUAGCACAUAUAAAGGCACUCCUUUACAAAUGUUGUUUAUAUCUAGAAGAACUGAAACCAGAAUCACCAAUAGACAUGCAGAGUAUCCUCAUACAUCUGCAUACACUAAUAGCAUUCACUGCAACCAACACUUGGGCACUCACAAGACUUAAGAACUUUGAUAAGCUCAGAGGUGGCAUGACACAAUUGUGUGCAAAUAUCAUGGGUUCUUUGUUUCAUAAAGGCUAUUAUUUAACAUUGAAGUCUUUAUUACUUCGGGGUUUGUGUCGUGAAAAAGUUAGCCUGAAAAAUAUUUCAUUAACUGCAAUAGUUACAUUAUCAUUGAGACCGCUCAUUUCCGCACAGUUUUCGGAGAAAUUGCUCACAAUGUAUAUAAUACAGAUCUUGUCUGUGCCGACACUAAUAUACCAUAUGCAGCAGAUAUCACCAGAGUCAAUUGCAGCAUUUCGUUCACAUGCCAUGUUCGACAAAUGCUUGGAAUUUUUGAGUACUGAUCAAAAUAUGCGUAUCGUUUUUAACACGCUAGAAGGGAAUUACGCAUUGUGUUUGCUGUCCAACUUAAUACAGAUGGCACAUUUAGAGAGAGAACAUGCGCUACCAGAGUCUUUUUAUCCCACUUUUGUGUUGGUGGUGACAAGAUUCCUCGACUCCUGUCAACAAUAUGUGGUUCUCAAGAAAAGUAAUCUAAGCAAUUGGCACCCUGUACUCGGCUGGUUUUCUCAAAGCUUUGAUGCAUAUUUACCUCCUGCUAUGGGAAAUCUACGCAACCAACUCGCUUUGUUAUGGGGAGGACCAUUACUCAAGAAGAUAAUGGCAACCCCACUUAAAGAAAUGGUUGAGGCUGGCGUGAGUAGUGAGGAAGGCGCUGGGCCAUCCCAGCCAUCCACUCCUAUACAAAGUAUGAACCCAGCGGCUUUGAUAAGGAGAGCUAUUGAAGCGAGGACUAGUAGUAUACUUUUCAGAUCUAGUUCCAGUAAGAACUUCAGGAGAUUGGGUUCACCAGACAGCACAAAGGCAGCGCUCAUCUGUUCCAUGUACCAUACCGCGCUGCAAACUAUGACGCAAGUUAAACUGGAUAUACUUACAGGUCUUUGCAAUCAAGAUGAAAUUUUAUAUUCUCUAUGGCAGUUUCUAUGCACGUUGGGACCAAACUGCGGCCUCAAGUCUUUCCUUGAUCUCUUAGCUGUUAAUACCAAGACUACUGCUCCGGAGUUUCAAAUGUUGAUACUAUUCGCGGAUUGUAUGACGCAUUAUGUUACUAUUUUGGAUGAUAUGGAAAUGUAUGAGCAACAAGAUCCAUUCAAAUUGGAAGAUUUUAUUGUAAUGUCGCAAUUUUUAAAUAUGUUCGUAUAUAAAUCUAUCAUGGGACAGUUAUUUGACCUGAAGAGUAUCAGCAGUAACGCGUUGUUCAGCUCGCUGCACACGCUGCUGCUGGCGCUGUACCGGCGCGACUGCAGACGGCCGUACGCGCCGCCGCAGCACUGGCUCGUGCGCGACAUCCGGGACAACCACUUCAUGGCUGACCUUGAGAAGGGCAAGAAGCCGCAACAGGUGUUAGUACAGAAGACACCGCAUAUGAUAGCGCACGGGGAACGUGUCAGAUUGUUUAGACGAGCAGUCGCCGAUGAAAAGGUGGUGCUGGGUCUGACGGAGCGCGCGUGCGUGUCGGGAGUGAGGUCGACGCUGGUGACGGUGCGACGCGCGCGGCUGGUGGAGGACGGGUACCGGCAGCUGGCGGCGCUGCCGGCGCGCGCGCUGAAGGCCGUCGUGCGCGUGCGCUUCGUCAACCAGCAGGGGCUCGAUGAGGCCGGCAUCGAUCAGGACGGCGUCUUCAAAGAGUUCCUGGAGGAGACGAUCAAGCGAGUGUUCGACCCCUCACUGAACCUGUUCCGUGUGACGAGUGAGGAGCGCCUGUACCCCUCCCCCACCUCCUGCCUGCAGGAGAACCAUCUCCAGCUCUUCGAGUUUAUAGGCAGGAUGCUCGGCAAAGCUGUAUACGAGGGUAUUGUAGUGGACGUGCCGUUUGCGUCGUUCUUCCUGAGCCAGGUGUUGGGGCAGACGCAGCAGGCGCUCUACAGCUGGAUAGACGAGCUGCCCUCACUCGACCGCGACCUCUACCGCAGCCUCACAUACAUCAAGCACUUCCAGGGUGACAUAUCAACGUUGGAGUUAACAUUUUCAGUAGAUGAAGAGAGAUUAGGUGAGAUUGUGACGCACGAGCUUGUGCCCGGCGGCAAGGCGAUACCGGUUACUAAUGAAAAUAAAAUAAACUACAUCCACAUGAUGGCACACUUCCGUAUGCACACGCAGAUCAAGGACCAGACCAAUGCGUUCAUCAAAGGUUUUCGGACAAUCAUCAAUCCAGAAUGGCUCUCCUUGUUCUCCACUCCUGAGCUGCAGCGGCUGAUAAGCGGCGACAAUGUGCCGCUGGACCUGCGCGACCUGCGCCGUCACACGCUUUAUUACGGCGGCUUCCAUGACUCUCACCGCGUCGUCUGCUGGCUCUGGGACGUGCUGCAGCGAGACUUCACCGAGCACGAGCGCGCCAUGUUCCUCAAGUUUGUAACAUCAUGUUCCAAGCCACCGGUACUAGGUUUCGCCCAUCUGAAGCCUCCCUUCUCCAUACGAUGUGUGGAAGUUGGUGACGAUGAGGACACGGGUGAUACAAUAGGAAGUGUAAUAAGAGGAUUCUUCACGAUAAGAAAGAAGGAUCCAUUGAACCGUCUGCCUACUUCAUCGACCUGUUUUAACUUACUCAAGCUGCCGAAUUAUCAGAAACGCAGCACUUUGCGUGAUAAACUGCGAUAUGCUGUUAACAGUAAUACAGGAUUUGAACUCUCCUAAACCACCUAGAUUACCUAAGAUAGUCUACAUAUCCUAACACUGUAGCCUUCACACUUUGGCCUUGGAAUCAUCUGUAAGAGGCCUUAAGUUAGUUUUUAAUGAUGAUUAAAGGUUUUGGGUUCUGUAUCAUAUGAAAUAUCCAACAAAAAGUAUAAACGGCGUCGAUAGCCUAAUGGUUAAGGGUACGGAUUUCCGACCACCAGGUCAAGGGUUCGAAUCCCGCCAUUCGACUAUUGUCG